AUGCCCUCCUGUUUUUUUCCUUAUCUGACCACAAGUCUUGUCAUGUUAUCGUCUCAAAAACUCAGUCCAUAUACAUAAGUAUUUUAUAAAGUUGAAAACGGUUUCUGGUUCUCAAAAUAAAAUGUUAAUGACUUCCAAUUUAAAAUUUAUUAAAGGAGACUUGUGCGAGGGAGGUAAAAAGAACGGCGACAUUAAUCAAAACAUACGGCCAUGCCGUAUUUUCAUACUUUCGUCCAUUUAUAACAAAAAAAAACUACUCGACAUUAGACAAACAUUAUAAACGUGAUGUAGAGUCGAGGUUAGGAUAAAAGAAGGUUUAACACAACAGCGUAAACGCGAUAGACUUAAAUGAGGUCAUAAUACACCGCCUCCGCACAGUUGUUGGAACAGCCAACUAUUCGGUCGAGAGACAUCGGUGCGGAUAGACUACAUGUGUGACAACAAGGAACGGAGAAGGAGAGAAACCUAGUGCGGAUUUUAAUGCUGUGUGAACGGAAAAUAAGCUUUGAUGGAACACCUCGCUCAUCAGGGUCUUAAUCCCCAUGUACAGCGGGUCCUGAAAAACUUUCAAACGACUGCAAUGAGAAGUUUACAGGGACCAGGGCCGGGCGGCUUUCCGAGUCUGCUCUCGCCCUCCGACAUGGCUGAGCUCGAAGAGUAUCGUAAGGCCCUAGUAAAGAAACUUCCAUCGGACAAGGGUGUGGAUUUUGAAUCUCUGAGGGUACCCCCUCCCCCUUUCCCGGUUCAGCAGAUGCCGGUUUUUACCCCAGUGGACACACCGAGUAAAAGUGAAAAGAUUGAAACGUUACUCGAGGAAGAGAGGAUCGCCUGUUUUUUAGUAGGAGGUGAAAAGCGAUUGUGUUUACCACAGAUUCUCAAUACUGUUUUACGUGAGUUCAGCUUGCAACAAAUCAACGCGGUUUGUGACGAAUUACAUAUUUUUUGUUCGAGAUGUAAUCCUGAACAACUUCACAUUCUGAAGGUGACGGGGAUUUUGCCCCUAAACGCACCGAGUUGUGGACUUAUAACCAAAACCGAUGCUGAACGUCUUUGUAAUGCUUUACUUCAUAGAUCACCGGAAAAAUUCCACGAGCCCCCUUCACCAGAUAGCUUCAAAGUCUAUCACGAAUGUUUUGGAAAGUGCAAAGGCAUUUUUAACCCAGAGUUGUAUAGUAAUGCGGACGCUAGAUGUAUCCAGUGUGUGGAUUGUUUGGGAUCAUUUAGUACCCAGAAGUUUGUGUGUCAUUCUCACAAAGCCCUAGAAAAUAGGACUUGUCAUUGGGGUUUUGAUUCAGCUAAUUGGAGAUCCUAUCUCCUCCUCGCGAAAGAUCAGGACGGGAAGGAUAAAUUACAAGAUAUUCUUGAAAGAAUGAAAAUCAAGUUUGAUUCGGGGAACAAGUACAAGCGAAAACAGGUUGGUAUUUUCCCGUUGUCAUGA